GCUGCUCCCGGCGUCCGUCUCUGCCCGCCAGGCCGCCGGCCGCUUGGGGCUAACGGGGCCCACCCGCGAGCUCCGCCGCGCUUUCCCCGGAGCGCUCCGUCGGGCCGCGGAGCCGGGUGCCAGAGGUCGUCACGUGGGAGGAGCGAACUAGAGAAGCCUCAGCUGAUGCGGACGGCGGCCCCCGGGAGCAGCUCUCCCGCCCUGUCUCCGGGGCCAAAAGAAUGUUUGAAGGUGAGAUGGCAAGUUUAACUGCCAUCCUGAGAACGGACACCGUGAGAGUGCCCAAGCCCAUCAAGGUCCUGGACGGCCUGGGAGGCAGCAGCCUGCUGGUGAUGGAGCACGUGGACAUGCGGUACCUGAGCAGCCAUGCUGCCAAGCUCGGAACCCAGCUCGCAGACCUACACCUAGACAACAAGAGGCGUGGGGAGACCCUCCAGAAGGAGGCUAGCACCGUGGGGAAAGGAGCCGGGCAGGUGGUACAGCCCUUCAUGGACCAGUUUGGGUUUGACGUGGUGACAUGCUGUGGAUACCUCCCCCAGGUGAACGACUGGCAGGAGGACUGGGUCACCUUCUACGCCCGGCAGCGCAUUCAGCCCCAGAUGGACAUGGUGGAGCAGGGGUCUGGGGACAGAGAGGCCCGGGAGCUCUGGUCUGCUCUGCAGCUAAAGAUCCCCGACCUGUUUCGCGACCUGGACAUCGUCCCAGCCCUGUUGCAUGGAGACCUCUGGGGAGGAAACGUAGCCGAGGACUCCUCUGGGCCCAUCAUCUUUGACCCGGCCUCUUUCUACGGCCACUCGGAGUACGAGCUGGCAAUAGCUGGCAUGUUUGGGGGUUUCAGCCACUCCUUCUACUCUGCCUACCACCGCGCAGUCCCCAAGGCCCCGGGGUUUGAGGCCCGCCAGCAGCUCUACCAGCUCUUCCACUACUUGAACCACUGGAAUCAUUUCGGGUCGGGGUAUAGAGGGUCUUCGCUGAACAUCAUGAGGAAUCUCACCCAGUGAGCGUCCCUGCUGUGGACGGGCGCCAGGUCCCAGCCAGACGCCUGUCGCCAGCGCCUGCUGCUGCCCCUAGUCCUGUCUGGCAGGGCUGCUUCCCCGAGUCUUCACACGAACCUUUUGCUCCACGGCUGGGUAAAACCACGCUGGGGUGGGUGUGGGCCCCAUCGUGCGGGCCCCGUGGAAACGCUGUUGCCUGGAGGCUGAGCCGCAACGGCCAGCUGCUGCUGAGCGCGUGUUCCCUGGCAGCCCCUCCGUCUCCUCUCCGGAGCGACUCUGACGUGGGGAAGAUGCCUCCCGGCAGGUUAGACAUGGGGGUAGACCUGAAACCAGCACCGCCCUCGGCUUCUCGCUGCCGGGUUCACUGAGCACACUCCCUUCCUUUCCGGCGCUCUGUGCCCUGCCACAGGCCGAGCAGUCUGGAAGUUGGUUCUGGGAGUAACCAAACUGCGGGUCUUGGGUAAGUUUAGGAGCCACUGAGUCCCUCCUGUCAGCACCCCAUCUCGCCUGCCCUUGUAAAGCUCGUGAGCUGCUCCUUUGUGUAAAAGCUCUAACCCCGCGGCUCCCGCUUCACGCGGACUGUUCUGAGUGGCACUGAUGCUAAGAAAGCCUUUUGCAUAAACAUUUGAAUAAACUUUCAUUGAUGUCAGUCAUGCA